CAUUAUAAAUAGGGGUUUUGGUCAGUCGCUUAUCCACCAUCUAGGCGCUUAAAAUUUUAUUUCCUUUGUAAAAUCUCCUCUAAAUCCUGAAGAAAAUGUCUUGCUGCGGAGGAAACUGUGGCUGUGGCUCUGGCUGCAAGUGCGGCAGCGGCUGCAACGGAUGCGGUAUGUACCCUGACAUCUCGGAGACCACCAGAACUGAAACCCUCAUUGCAGGAGUUGCACCAGCCAAGAAGUUCAACGAGGGAUCUGAGAUGAAUUUGGGUGCUGAGAGUGGACAUGGCUGCAAGUGUGGAUCAAACUGCAACUGUGAUCCGUGUAACUGCAAGUGAGAAACCAGACUGAACAUGGACAUGGAUCCAUCAGAGCAAUAGUACUUAAUCUUGGUGUUCAAUAAAACCCUAAAAAAAAUAGAAAAACAAAGAUGAAAAGGGAAAAAAUGAAAAGAGAAAAAGAGAGAGUUGGUUAAUAAUAUGUAUAAUAUAUCUAUAAUACUUGGCUUGCUGUAAAUAAAACAGCCAUGAAAAGUAAUCCGCUGGGAUUUCAGUUUCAUGGCUUGUUUCAUGUGUUGUGGCCUCUCUGCUUUGGUGGUUUGAUCUUUUUAACUUUGUGACUUCAAUUAUUAUGGUAAUACAUAUCCUUUCACUUA